UGGGUGAAAGAUAUAAACAGUGCUUCUUCUUGAUAUACUUUCUCAUAUAAGUAUUUAUUGGACUUGUUUCCUAAAUAUAAUGAAAUAAACACUUUGUGCUUAGCAAUAACGUGAAUAUUUUGUUCUAACGCGUCGAGUGCCAUGAAGGACAACAAAAUCCUUCAGCUAAUUAACGUGGCAUGGCGUGAACGCUGGACCGAUUCACAGUGGGGCAUCAACAUAAAAAAGGUCCUCCCACGCGGCGUUAGUGGCGAUGUCUACAAUCUGGCUGAGUGCCUGUUGCAGCAGGCCGUCAUUGGCUCCACGGCGAACUCGCUGGUCUUGAACUAUCUGAAGCACUCGCUGUGCGCACAUCUUGUCUCCCAUGCGGCGGUGCUGCGCUGCAUAGCCAAGUACGACAAGCUGAAUCGCGUCUACUGCGUGACGGCAUUGCUGGAGUUCCUGGUCAGCAUUAUAGAUGGCAUCACCUGUCGCAUCAAGUCUGAGGAGGCGCUGCUGCCUGGAGCUGUAGUCCAGCUGGUGAUGUGGGUCAUGCAGAUCUUUGCGCGCACUCUGCAGCAGUAUGAAAUGCGCGGCGAGCUGAGCGCGGAGCUGUCGUAUAUGCUGGAUCAGAGCUGUCUGCUCAUCGAGCACCUCACGCAGCAACAGUUCGUGCUGGCCAUGUUGAAUGUGGGCUGUCACGAGGAGCCGGAGUCGCUAGACAGGCUGCACGAUCUCUACGCCAGCAUUAAGGCGUCGCUCACCAACUCCAACUUCACGCUGAGCGCUGCCACAGCUGAACAGCAACUCAAGCAAUUGGCCUACAUUGAUGCCAAGCACCUGGACCUGCAGAUGCUGAGUCCAAAUCCCUGUCUGGAGAAGAUUUCGUGCUGUGUGCAGCCAUUGCUCGCUGUGGAGGUGCUCUUGAAUCCCUGCAAGGACACCUCGUACUAUGUGGCCGAGCUGCAAAUGCUGCAGCGCCUCAAGGGCUAUACGAAUACACGUCUGUUCUAUGAGAUUAUACGCGCGGGCUUUCUCACGCUCAGCAACGUGGCCGACACCAGUCCGGACACCAUGUGGGGCGCCUUCAUGUUCUUCAAGAUGCCGCACAUCAUCAAACAGCUGCAUGCACUGCAGCGGGUGCCAGGCGAGCAGCAGCUGGCGGCCACAGACUACAUUCCCGAGCUGGUAGAGGCACUGGAGCUGCUGAUCGAGGACAAUUUGUUGCUGGACUUUAUGGACACCAAGUGCUCCUGCAAUAUCAUUGAGUUCCUGCUCAACGACUGGACCAAACAGCAGCUGGUCAACGAGGUGCACGUCAAGAAGUUCGCCAGCCAGCGGGAGGCCGCUUCGCUGCUGCUCAAGAAGUGCGACAAUGGCCAGCAGAAGCCCUCCAAUAUCAACUUCAUCAAACGAGCCGAGGUGCCACUUUCGGGGGUGCUCAAGACGUUGUGCACCAACAAGAUGCAGGACAUGGUGAAUGUGCUCUGCCAUGUGCCAGUCGGGCACAGCUUCGAGCUAAUACUAUCGGUGGCUACAGUGGAGGGACGUCUGAAGACUUUUGUCUCGCGCCUCAUACAGUGCAAUGAGAACUCGAAGCAGGUGCCCGGAGAACUGGGCAAACAGUGUAUUACGCGCUCCACCCUGUUCGAUGUUUCCUUUCUGAUGCUCACCAGCAUCGUGCAGACCUAUGGCUCGGACGUGGUCCUCUCCGAGCGCUGCGAUUCGUUCUUCGAGAAGUGGGUUCGUACGUGCAUGAUGGAGCGCAAUAAGCUGAAGAAUCCACGUCAGAUCUUGGCCCUCUGCGAAGACAGCAUAGUGGAUGAGCUGCUCUUGAGCUUGAGCAAACCGGAAGCGGCACAGCUGAAACCAAGCAACCUAACAUGGCAGGACAUAUGCCUCAACUUGCCAGGCGUGCUGCAUCAUGUGCUGAUUGCCUGGGAGCAGGAAACUUUAUCCUCAGCGGAUGUGAAGAGCAUUUUGGAUAAUAUGAAGCGUCGCCUCUUCAGCUUCUCUGUGUGUGCCACCUCAUAUCUGUGCGCCUACAUGUACUCGGUGCGCGAAACAGAGUUGCUGAAGCCGUUGAAUAUGAUACAACAGUUUCUGGCUCCACUCACCACUGAGGAGCUGUCCAGCCAGGAGAACUCAAAGGAGCGGCUGGCGCUCUCCUAUCAGAUCAUACGUAAAAUGCAGCACGAUGUGCACCCAGCGCCCAAUACCAAGUCGCGCCUCAUUUCUCACACGCCGUUGAUCGAACAGUUUCGUGAGUGCUGGCGCAUUGUGUCGGAGGCUGGACACCUGCCAGUGCGUGCAGCCCAGACACUGGAAUCCCUGCUGCUGGCCGGCGGUGCCUCCUGGCUGGUCACUCAGCUGGUGGAGCAGUUGCUGAGCUGCAAGUACAUGCGCGACAUGGCCAAGUGCAUGGACAUUGUGUUUGCUGUAAUGCAUCUGGAUAUAGAGCGCACCACCGAGGCGUUGCUGCAGUACGUCGUGGCUCCAUUGGUCCUGAGACGGCAAGGCGAGGACAUCAACGAACCGCAGUCUUUGGUGCUGGCGCGUCUGAGCGUCUACUGCAUCAUUUCCUGUCUGGAGACGCGCAGCUCAAACAGCGCCGCUUUACAGAAGCGCUCGCGCUCCCACGACGACGACGAGAUGACRGGCGUGGCGAAUGCGGCGAAGGUCCGCAAGGUCAUCGGCGACGGCAGCGACAACUCCAAUGACUUCGCCGAUGGCGACGCAGCGAAUGUCGUCGCACUGCUAAGCGCGCCCAGCGCUGAGCUUCGCGUCACCCCAGCCAAUCUCAAGGAGCCGCUGCAGGCGAGCAUCAAACACAUAUUCCGUGUCUUUGUGCAAUUCGUUAGCGGCGAUGAGCUGUCGCCCAAGGCCGUCUUCGUCUAUCAGUUCAUCUCGCUGCUGGUGGAGUGCGGCGGCGAGCGUGUGACGCCUGUGUUGCGACUGCUGCCGCCGAAUCUGAUGCAACGGCUCCUCAAGGUGUUGGCCACCGAUGAUAUACGCGUCGGUCUCAUCAGCCGCCUCUACGAUCUGCGCCUGCAUGCCGGACGCCAAGCAGCCGUGGCCGAUCUCUGCCUGUGGCGAAAUAUGCAGCUGGCGCGAAACAGCAUACACCUGUGAUCAGGUGUCAAUAGAGUGGCCUGAAUGAAACUAAAGCGAACCUACAUUAAAUACACACAUAAA